UUAGACCAGUUCAGUUCAUAUCGGGUUUUCAUACGGUUUGGUGGUUUAUGGAAAUUCAUACGCGCGCGCGUUACUCGUUGAAGCCAAAUGUUGAAGUGAAUUUUUAAUCAAAAGAAAAUAAGUUCACCCAAAAAUAUAGCAAAAAAAGAAGAAGAAUAAAAAAAAAAGAAAUAACAAAAUAUCUGAAAAGAAAAGUGAAAAAAUGGCCAAACAAAAAAUUCUUUUUAAUUUUGGUGAUGAUGCAUGAAAUGUGAGAAGGAUAAAUUCUUGAGGGAUAAUUUGUGGUGUACCAAGUGAAGCAGUGUCAAUGGUGUUGUAAACAAAUUUUUAAGAAAAAGGGAAAUAUCCCCUUAGUAAAGGAAAGUUCUAUUAAAAUAAAAUAUUAACAAAAAUAUUGGAUAAAUACCUAAAUGGAAAAAUUUAUCUUCAAGUGAAGUUCAAGUGUCUCCCGCACCCCCUACUCCAAUUAGAAAAGAGUUGCAACAUUUUUUGAAGAAUAAUCAAAAAUCGGUAUACUACCAUUUUAAUAAGGAUUUUCCAGUGGAUUGCAUUUUAAUAAUGAAAAUAUGCUUAAGGCCUUUCACCAUAUCUGCUGCUGCAUGGCUUUGACUAUAGAAACGAAAACAAUAACAACAGUAACAAGAAGAACAGAAAUGCUGGCUGGCAAUGCAAGGUUAUCAUCAUCCUUAGGCAAAGAAUCGCCACUUCCAGCAUCAUCGUUCUCGUCAUUGUCUUCAAUAGCAACAACACCAUUUGCAAUUCUCCGUUGGUGCUCAAUCAAUGCGGCUUUGCCAUCAUUCUCCUCCUCAUCAUCAUCACCAUUGUACUCAGCAGUAGCGGCAGAAGCAGCUCUACCACCAUUCUCCUCAUAACCAACAAGGCAUAAAAACUGUGAAAGACAGACCCCUCAAAAAAUAGAAAUCGAAUGAAAUACAGACCAGAGCCGAGAACAAAAAUUAGUGUUGAAAAAACUCUCAUAGCAAAAAAAAACAGAAAAACGAACGCUCCAUAAACCGCUUGCCCCUCUUACCAAUUUCCCGUAUAACAAUAAAUCGUGCUAAAACAAUUCAAAGGAAAUCAUUUCUUAGCUCUGACAUUGCAAAGCACUAAGCCAGCAAAAAACAAGAAGAAAAAAAAACCGGAAAAUCGCCCACAAAGUGAAGUGAAAAAUAAUGAAUUAAGUUCAUCGAGUCGUGUUUUCUUUUUUUCGUUUCUCGCUUCAUCGUCUAUCGAAUUAAAUUAAAAACUCAAGCGAUUAGCUUAAGCAUUUGUUUAUACGCGAAUGAGUGACGGAUAUCUUUGGCAAACUGAAAGCGAUUUUCUCAAUUACUUUGCAGUAUUGUUAAGUCGAGAGAGAUUACAUUUCAAUACCAAACCACAACGCACACAAGGAAACGGAAACGAAAGUGAAAUUCCAUUGAACUUUAACUUUACAUUAAAAUUUAUAUCUCUCCAGCAGCGAAAAUGUGUUAAAGUUUACUAAAAAUAAUUCAAUAUUAUGCGCGAAAGACACAAACGGUCUAUCAAAGCUUUUUAUUAUUUUCCACAUAGAUUUUAUUAAAUAAAUGUUAAAGCCUCAUCAGUAAAGUGAUUGACAAUUAAAUUUGAAAGUUUUUUGUUUGGUUUUUUGAAAAGAAGCUUUGCGAUCACAACCACUCUAAGAUUUACGAAUGUCCUAACAAAAAGCUAAAACAAGAAAAUUAUCCACAAAAAAAAAAAAUAAACCAAAACAAGCAAACGCCAGUAAAAGUAACAAAUUGAAAACCAUAAAAAAUAAUAAGCUUUCUAUGUGAUUGGCUUAUAAAUCGAAACAAGGAGAGACAACAAAAAACCAACAACAACCGAAAAACACACACCCAAAACGCUAAACCCAAUUGAAGCUUAUAAACGUCCAUUUUAUUUGCAUUCAAGAGCCAAAGCGAAGCAUUAGGAAGAAAUCCGGACAAAACAAACGAUAUUCCAUUUCAGCUGUCACAACUUCAAUUUGUCGCAUAUCUAAACACACAGAUAAUAGGGACAAGCAACAGCAACAAAUACCUAGAGAACAACAUCGAAGGGAAAUCUCUUUAUUCUCUAUGUAAGUGUCCAUCAAGAAAACCAAACCAAAACGAAGAAAAAAAACACACAAAAGUGGGAAAUACGAUAGUCCACCCGCUGUCGUACCCAAAGAAAGAAGGACCUGAAGGACACACAAAUAAGCAGCAACAAACAAACAACAAAACGAGAUAACAAAAUAAUGACUCUGAAGUCAAUACUCUUGCCAACAGCCAGAAACAGCUGUUCCAACUCCCAACCUCAUCAAAAUCAACGUCAACAUCCACAUUCACAUUACCAGCAACAAGACGCACAGAAACCCUGUGCCCAAGAAACAAAAAACCAACAACGGAAACAGCAGCAACAGCAGCAACAACACCACCAUCAACAACAACAUCCAGCAAGGUUAGCAGCUGCUGCAACCACCAGAGUAACAUCAGCAAUGACAUUGUCAUCGUCGUCGCCAUCAUCUUCAGUGCUGUUCAACAUGGGUUCUUGGCUGCUUCUCCUCAAUUUGAUUAUCAUCAUUUGUGUCGAUGGAAUCCAUUGCUUUCAAAGAUUCGCCGAACAGCCCAAGUACUCUGAAGUGAAUCCGGGUCAGGACGCUCUAUUAACGUGCAAAGUUAUCGAUAAACGGGGCACAUGUUCAUGGCAAAAGGACAACAAGCCCGUUGGCAUUUAUGCCAAGAAAUACGAAUGGGCCGCCCGACCAUCGUCAUCGCCCAGCGGUGGCCUGCAUUUGGAUCUACACCCACCACCCAUGCAGAUUGGAGGCGACUGUUCAUUGUGGAUACGCUCGGCCACAUUGGAUUUUGAUGAUGGCCUCUGGGAAUGUCAGGUGACGGCAAGUGAUUUUACAACGCAGGAUGCUUUAACUAGUCAACCUGUACGGCUGGUUGUACGUGUUGCACCACAACGACCACGUCUGGAAUAUGAAGGCGCCCAUGUGCCACCGGGCCACAACAUUACCGUGGACUCUGGCUCACUGGCUACCGUUAAAUGUGUCUCCCACUACGGCAAUCCACCUGCAACACUUAAGUGGUUUCUAGGUGACCAAGAAAUUGAACCAAUUCAUCCGCAAACAAAUGCCACUGAACCGGAUAAUGCACGUACUUGGUCGGCCACAUCGGUUGUUCAAUUGACGGCAAUGCGUGAGAGGCAUGGCGAUAUUUUACGCUGUUUGGCUUAUCACGAAUCGUAUACAGCAAAGACAGUGCCCGUGGAGGCGAGAUUAGAUGUUAAGUACGCACCAACAAUACGUCUAAUUGGCUCACCGGAAAUCGACUUGGAAGAGGAUAAAGAUGCUCUGAUAUUACGCUGUGUAGCGGAUGCCAAUCCACCGGCCAGCAUUGUAUGGCGUCGUGCGGGACGCUCUGAAAUUGCCAGUCUUCAGGAAACUUUACAGUUGCGGCCCGUUGGAAGACGUGAUGCGGGCUUAUAUACUUGUCAGGCACAAAAUUCAGUUGGUACCUCCGAACAGCUAUCCGUGCAGCUUGAUGUUAAAUAUCCUCCCAAAAUAUUGUCCGCUGGACCGGAUCGCUUAACCACAGCUCCACUUUUCACACCGGCCGCCUUUGAGUGUGUGGCCGAUGGCAAUCCUAUGCCCUCAUUUAAAUGGGUUCAACGCAUUUCCCAUGGCUCAAAAUAUGUGGAACGUGGGAAUGAGCCACGUUUGGUCAUUGACAAUGUGACAUACGACUAUCAAGGUGAAUACGAAUGCCAUGCCACAAAUUACAUCAAUGGCCAGGAACGAGUGGCCAUAUCGGAUCCGGUUUCACUACAAGUUGUGGGUGCUCCACAAGUCUUACGUCUACAUCCUUCUAUGCAUACAGUUUUGGUGAAACGCGGCGAUCCGGCCUCAUUGACAUUGGUCGUUUGUGCUGACCCUCGACCAACACGUGUGGCUUGGGAAUGGGGCUCAUUGCGCUUAGAUGCCGGCUCGUCUAUUGACCGUUUUCGCGCCGAUGAUUUACUACAAGAUUCACGUGAGGAUUGUUAUCUCUCUACACUGCACAUCCAUCAUGCCAGCGAACACGAUGCACGUCCCUAUUAUUUGGUUGUGGAAAAUGAACGUGGCACCGAUCGUCAUGCCAUACAAUUGAAUGUGGAGGGUACGUUUACAGAACCCUUGGAAAUGAGUUAUUUAUUGGGCAUCGCAGGCGGUUGUUUGGCUGCUCUGUUCCUAUUGAUUUGCCUUUGCAUUUAUGCGAUACGUAUUAGGAAAUGCUGCUUUAAAGGUAGUGGAGGUUAUAAAUCAUCAGAUAAAGACAGUGAAAAGGCUGAUUUAAAGUCACGUUCGGACAGCACUAGUGGUGGACCACAAGGCGAUUCCAUUUAUACCACCCCAGCUGGAUUCCAUCAUCAGCAACAACAACAACAGCAGCAGCAACAGCAACAACAACAACAAAACCAAUCGCAACAACAGUUGCAACAGCAUCAUCAACAAUUGGCAGCAGCCGCAGCUGCGGCCAUGGCUGCCAAUAAUCAUCAUCACGGAUUGGGCCAAGGAUCACCCGAAGCAAUGAAGAGCGUACCAGUCUUGAGUACAUUUGGUAACCACCAUGCGGCGUAGCGCGAGGCCUUAAAUCGAAAUUCCAUAUCAUCGGCUGGCACCAUAACCGCCUCGGCUGCCGGUGGCGGAGGCAAUUCGCCUUCGA